UCAUGUUGUGCAAUUCACCCACACUAAACGAUAACAAAGCCAGCCAGAAAGAUUCCCACGAUCCCUACGGCUGCUACUUGCUGGCUGAGCCAUAAAAUCCGUUGAUAGAAACCACAGUGUCUCUCCAAGCAUCGACAAUGGCGACAGACCUUACCUCACCCGGCAUACCGAGGUCAGGCUCGGCCUCACCAGCGCCAGCAACCAUCCCGGAUCGUUCAACCUCCCCCGAGAUACCGCUUACCAUGUCCGCCUCGGCCAUUCUUACAGCUCAACCGCCAGAUGUCGCUUCUGCCUUGGCCAGUGCUGGCGAGUACCCGUCAGACAAGGUCGUCGUCAAGUUCAAGGCUGUCGGAAACGCCCCCCUCCUCGCCCGGGGCGUAGCCAAAAUCUCGUCUACUCAGACGUUCCAUACCGUCAUCUGGUAUCUGCGCAAGAGACUCAAGCUCCAGGAAUCAGACAGCGUCUUCUGCUACGUCAAUGACUCUUUCGCGCCCUCUCUCGACGAGAUCGUUGGCAACUUGCACAGCUGUUUCAAAGACUCAAGUGGUCAACUUGUCAUUUCUUACGCCAUGAACCCAGCUUUUGGCUGAGGCCCAGCAAGCACGCUGUUGAAUGGUAUCCUACGUCUGGCCAAAUGAUGCAAAUGCCUCCGCCUACAACCCCCCAAAACACCGCUUCUUACAAUUUCUCCAGAGUAUCGGCAAAGGCCUCGAGCUCUUCCCUCGAGAUGGGGUAUGUAUGCUCCGGCGCAGGGUAUUGCCGGCUCUUCACCUCGUCGCGGUAGGUCUCAAUGGCCUUGAGACUCUCGCCCCAGACGUUGCCGUACUUCUUGACAAACUUGGGCAGGAAACGCCCGGGAGGAAAGUUCCCGGUCAUGUCGACUUGCACCAAGACCUGGCCCGAGCAGCCAUUGCCAGCGCCGAUGCCGAUAGUGGGGACCGACAGCUUCUCAGUAACGAGCGUAGCCACCUCGGCGGGGACAGCUUCAACGACCAUAGCAAAGGCGCCAGCCUCCUGCACGGCCAGCGCAUCCUCGAGGAGCUUAAGAGCGCCGCCGGACGUCUUGCCCUGGACUCUGAAGCCUCCCAGCGAGUUCUGCCUUUGCGGCGUCAAGCCCACGUGGCCGAGGACAGGGAUGCCCGCGGACGUGAUCUUUCGGAUGGUCGACGCCAUUUCCUUGCCGCCCUCGAGCUUGACGCCUUGCAUCCGGCCCUCUUUGACAAAGCGGAUGGCCGUCUCCAAGGCCUGCUCCGGGGCAAUCUCAUAACUGCCCAUGGGCAAAUCGCCGACCUGUUUCCGAAUGAGUUGAGAGGUCUCAGGGGUUGAAAUGCAGGGUGUUAAGCACUUACAGUAAAGGCGGAUUUGGUGGCCCUCGCAACAGAGCGGCAAUGCAGCAGCAUUUCGUCAACGACAACCUCGCUUGUGUCUUCCAUGCCAAGAGCAACCAUGGCCAGGCUGUCGCCUACUAGGAUUAUAUCCAUGCCAGCAUGGUCCGCAACGUGAGCGCUGGGGAAGUCGUGCGCGGUGAUAACUGUGAUUGGUUCGCGCUUCCUGUACAGAUUGCGCAGGGAACCAAUGGUGACUUUUUUCCUCUGGUUCGCAAGAGGCGUGCCCAUGGGGGAAUGCGAGCUGUGUCGCAUCUGGGGUUGUCGCAUCGCGGCGGGACAAGCGGGCCACAUCAGAGACGCUGCUGUUGAGGGUCGCGUGAUUCUGAGUACAGAUGCACACGACCUCAGAUAGGUACUUCGGAUAAUAGGGCGAGACAUGUGUCUGGUCAAGUACCUUUUUUUUUUUUUUUUGAGGGAAUU